AUGAAUUCGAAAAUUGAGGCAGCUGGUGAAGUAUUUACAUAUGAACAUAAAGCAAAGGAGUUGAGCUACAUUUUCAAUAUCAAAGUCAAUCCUUUCAUUAACGAAAAAAAUUCAGUCAAGUGUUAUAAGCCGAAGAUGAAUUUUGAAUGUCAUCCUGGUCCGAUGAAUGCAUCGGUGUUGUUCUUGGGCAACAAUCACCGUGCGUUUGAGGUGUUUAAAAAUCCUACACCGUAUGAUAACCCAUUAGAUGUUAGACGAUCAGAUCGAACGUUCUGGCAACAUAUCAAACAAAAUCCGGUUAGUGGAAGGGUAGAAGCUUUAAUACAUGCAGCAGGUUUCAGCGGGAUACUGCAAUGUGGGUACAAGUAUCUUGACCACGCGUUAAUAACUGCGUUGGUUGAGAGAUGGAGGCCAGAAACUCACACGUUUCACCUUCCAUUUGGAGAAACGACCGUGACAUUACAGGAUGUCAACGUGUUGUGGGGGCUACCGAUAGAUGGGUUGCCUAUUUCUGGGGCUGACACUGGUAUGUCGAUGUAUACUGUACGCGACAAGUGUCAAACGGUGUUGGGGUUUACCCCUGAAGAAGCUUUUGUGAAGGGCAAAAGGGUUAGGUCCGCCCGAGUUUUAGCACAAAUAACGUCAUCCAAUUUUUCUGAAAAUGAAGCAUCAGAUGAAGAUUGCAUUUUUCGUGCACGUCAAAUAAUAUUUUAUUUGAUAGGGUGCACAAUCUUUCCUAAUAUUGCAAACAACCUGAUUGAUGUCAAAUUUUUAGAUUUUCUGGUAGACUUGCCCGCAUGUUCGGGAUAUAGUUGGGGAGGUGCUGUGUUAGCUCUCCUUUACAAAAACCUUUGUAAUGCUACAGCACCUAAUGCUAUAGCCAUUACUGGCCCAGUUGCGCUUCUACAAGUGUGGGCUUGGGAGAGGGUUCGCUGUUUUGCUCCUGCUAUUGCCCGGUUCCAGUACAAUGCCCCGUUAGCUGCUCGGUGGAAGGGAAGCUUAACGUGUACAGAUGUUUCCACACAUCAGCUGCAAUCAAUGACCGAGGCAACGUUUAAUUGGAGGCCAUACGACGACAUUCUCGAUAGACUCCCUGAUAUAUGUCGGAGUGGUAUGGGAAUUUGGCUGAGUUGUUGCCCUUUGCUAUGCUACGCGGUUGUGGAGCAUCACUAUCCUCAACGAGUGAUGAGACAGUUUGGCAUGUUCCAGUACAUACCUAACCCAAUUGCCAUAGAUCAUAAUGAGCAUGCCAGACUUCAUGCCAUGAACCGGAGUGGGAAAACCGGCUGGAACUGGUUAAGUCGUCACGCACCGUAUGUUAGUCAGUGGGAGGCACGUCAUCAAAACUUGGUGACGGGGGAACUCACGACAUCUGUUGGAGUUGCCAACGAUUACAUGUCGUGGUACAUGCAACAUACGGUGUUAUAUGUGUCUAACCCACAGUUGUCAGCUGGCCCUACGAGCGGAUUUCAAGACGAAGGAGCGAGGGUCCAAAUGAUGUCGGAGACGAUGGGUCUAAUUCACCGAUCUGAAGAUGUGGACGUUAUUCAUGGUGCGGCUUAUCGGGCCCUUGAGAUGUCUAAUGUUCCACAAUACACACAAUAUCUGACUCAUCUGUCACAGGAGCCGGUGGACCUUGUUUCAUAUCCUCGUACACAGAGGUUAGGUAGGCAACGACGUCGUGCUCGUGGUGGUAGAAACGUUGAAGAGGCCGGGCCAUCAAAUUGGUCGGCGUUGGCUACGGCAUGCUCCGAGGGUUUUGACGUGGGUAUGUUAUUAAACCCCCAACAGAAUGAUAUGGGUGACAACAAUCAGUUUGUAGACCCAAACAUAAGUCAGGCGGGGUUCUUUAGCCCCUCGUCCCAUAUGAUGGACCCCAACACUAGUCUGGCAGGGUUUGUUACCCCCGCGUCACAGAUGAUAACAUUUAUGCCGGAGACCCAAACAGACUAUCAUUAUUGGGCCCCAAACCAAAGUAACGAAGAUCACCGGAACCGUUAUGCAGAUGUUGAACCAAACCCCUUAGACUGGAGUCUCGACUUGAACCUGUUUCCACCACCACCGAAUGACCCAUAG